ACGAAGUUCUUAGCAAAAUCCGUCAAAUCUGCGGAAAGGAACCAGACGGAAGCUUUUAGUUAGAGGUUGGAUUUGGUGGACAACCGUGCAGAUGCCCCCAAAAGUGAAAACAAACAAACGAGCAAGGUCAGAUUUAAAGAUAGCAAAGACAGACUGGACACUGCCUUGUGAAUGGGGUGACUGUCAUGACAUCUUCACAGAAAUGGAGCUGUUUCUUCGGCACAUGUCAAAUCAUCUGUGUAAAACAAAGGCAAUAACAGAGGAUGGCUACCAGUGUAGUUGGCGAGGGUGUGGCACUGAAGUCCAGGGUGAGAAUUAUGACUUUUACCGCCACGCCUACUUCCAUUGUUUCCAUGUGAAGAUCAAGUGUAUUGGUUCCCUGAUAAUAAACAAACUUGGAAUGGACAACUGUCUUCUGGAUACACACACCCUGAACUUAAUUCCAGAACUUCCUGAACGCCUCCAGUGUGGCUGGUACAUGUGUGAGGCAAUAGUUGACAACCCAGAGAUGUUUUAUCGUCACGUUGACAAUCAUGCUGACAACUGCCAGGAACAAAAGAAAUCAAAACGUAAAAACGCUGCGGGUGUCAGUGCUAAAUGUGAAUGGGAAGGUUGCGACUUUGUUGCGGAGAAUAAAUGGCGGCUUAAGGAACACUUACGGAGCCACACUCAGGAGAAGGUGAUCGCUUGCCCAACUUGUGGGGGUCUCUUCUCGGCCCGCUGUAAAUUUAUCGAUCAUGUUAAGCGCCAGGCAGAAACUGAUGUUCAGUGUUACCAGUGCUCUCACUGCAACAAGAGAUAUUCCACAGAAAGGCUAUUACGGGAUCACGUCCGACACCAUGUAAACCAGUACAAAUGUCCAUGUUGUGAGAUGACGUGUCCCACGCCUUCAGGUCUCAAGUCUCAUCUACGCUACAGACACACAAAUGACAAACCUUUUAAGUGUCAACAUUGUGAACAUUGUUGUAAGACUGCUGCGGAUUUACGUAAACACAUGGAUAGCCAUACGGUGGAGGUGCCAUUCCGUUGUCAUGUGCCAAAUUGUGACUAUGGGGCUCGUAAUUACAGUAGCCUGUCGAACCACUUCAAACGGACGCACCAGGAAGUGGAUGUCCAGAAGUAUGCUUGCCAUGUUUGUAAGUCAGUGUUCAGCCGUGGAUCAAAGUUAACUGUACAUCUGAAGAAACGCCACAAGUUCCGAUGGCCAUCUGGUCAUUCUAGGUUCAGAUACAAACUACAUGAUGAUGGGUACUGGAGAUUACAGACGGUACGCUAUGAGAGCAUACAGCUCACAGAACAGGUAACAGAUGAUUCUAACCCAACAUCUGAUCCAAAAGAGCCGUCAUCAUCAACUAAUUCUCAGUCAUCACAUGCAGCAGGGUCUGUGGAACAGGAACAGUCUACUGCCAUGGAAACAGGUGAUCCUGAAAACAAUGUACAAAAUUAUGAGGUUGCUAUGGUAACAAAUGCUGGUGAUACAGCGCCACAGGCGGAGGGAGAAGAGUCUGUGACUUAUAUUGCUAUGCCUGUUGUAGACAGUACCAAGACUGGAGAAGGUGAUUUAGGGACAGAGCCUGUCGCUACCAUAACCGAUAUCAGGAUUGUGUCUUCAGAUUACGCUGCACAUCCUAACACUGACACAAUAGUCUCAUCCUCAUCACAGCCUUUAUCUGAAACUGGGUGUGUCAUAAACAUUCCCUCUGGGGACAGGAGUCAGGACAAAAUACAGACCAUGAAAGUUGGUUAUGGUACAAAAGAUCAAGAGAAUGAACUUGAAAUGUCUUACAACCUUGAAAUGCUUGGAUAUGUUGCCAUGCAAGCUACAAACCAAACAACAGAACAGGGUUCCUCAAAAUCUGGGGCCGAAACUGAAUUACAGUCAAGUCCUGGGAAAGCUGGUUGCUAUAAAACUCUAAGGAGUGAGGAUCUGUAAGCAACUGAAACAAAGGUUACAUGAUUUGUGGUGUCAAUCACAGGAUUUGUGCUCCAGAUAGGAAGUCAAUCACAGGAUUUGUGCUCCAGAUAGGAAGUCAGUCACAGGAUUUGUGCUCCAGAUAGGAAGUCAGUCACAGGAUUUGUGCUCCAGAUGGGAAGUCAGUCACAGGAUUUGUGCUCCAGAUGGGAAGUCAAUCACAGGAUUUGUGCUCCAGAUGGGAAGUCAAUCACAGGAUUUGUGCUCCAGAUGGGAAGUCAAUCACAGGAUUUGUGCUCCAGAUAGGAAGUCAAUCACAGGAUUUGUGCUCCAGAUGGGAAGUCAAUCACAGGAUUUGUGCUCCAGAUAGGAAGUCAAUCACAGGAUUUGUGCUCCAGAUGGGAAGUCAAUCACAGGAUUUGUGCUCCAGAUGGGAAGUCAAUCACAGGAUUUGUGCUCCAGAUGGGAAGUCAAUCACAGGAUUUGUGCUCCAGAUAGGAAGUCAGUCACAGGAUUUGUGCUCCAGAUAGGAAGUCAGUCACAGGAUUUGUGCUCCAGAUAGGAAGUCAAUCACAGGAUUUUUGCUCCAGAUAGGAAGUCAAUCACAGGAUUUUUGCUUUAGUAAAGAAAACUGUCACAGGAUUUGUGCUUCAGUUAUGGUGAUUAACAAAACUUGUCACAGAAUUUCACAAGAUGCAAAUAAAAAAUUUGAGUUUA